CAUUUGUCAAAAUUAAUAACAUUAAUUUUAAUUAACUACUAAAUGUUGCGAUCAAUGCGUUCAAAUAGUUGACUCCAGAAUUUUCCAACGCCACCAUGUUCGUCUAAUCUAAUCCCAUGUUUUCAUACAUUCUUAAGGUGCUGUCUUUCUCUCUCUCCCUCUCUCUCUCUCACAACCACACCUGCUUCAGUUUAAGUGUUUAAAACUUAAUCACUCUUCUGUCUUUCCAUUCAUGACACGAGCCUGUGCUUCUUCAUGCUAAAAAACAUGAACAGACACAAGCUGAAACACGCACAUCCUCUUGCACAACUUCUUAUGAUUCUUCUCUUUUUCAACUCCACAUGUGCCAUUGAUUUCGUCUUCAACGGCUUCAACUCCUCUGAAGUAUUGCUCUUUGGAAACGCCACCAUCGAUUCUCGAAUUCUAACACUAACACAUCAUCAAACUUUCUCCAUCGGUCGUGCCUUGUACAAGGAAAAAAUUCCCACCAAGAAACCAAACUCUUCUUUUGUCUACCCUUUCUCCACCUCUUUCAUAUUUGCCAUGGCACCUUAUGAAGACACUCUUCCGGGACAUGGCUUGGUUUUCAUCUUUACACCUGUCACGGGCAUCCAAGGCACAAGUUCUGCACAACACCUUGGUCUGUUCAACCUCACCAACAACGGAAACUCAAACAACCAUGUGCUUGGUGUCGAGUUCGAUGUGUUCAUGAACCAAGAGUUCGAUGACAUCAACGCCAAUCAUGUGGGGAUUGACAUAAACUCUCUCAAAUCUUCUGUUUCCAAUGAUUCUGGAUAUUGGCAAGAUGACGGUGACAGGUCUUUUAAGGAAUUGACGCUUAACAGCGGUGAGAAUUACCAAGUUUGGAUUGACUACGAAGAUUCUAGGAUGAAUGUUACCAUGGCACCGGUGGGUAGGAAAAGGCCUAGUAGGCCUUUGUUGAAUGUUUCUCUCAACUUAUCUGAGGUUUUUGAGGAUGAAAUGUUUGUUGGGUUUACUAGUGCCACUGGUCAAUUAGUUGAGAGUCACAAGAUCUUGGGGUGGAGUUUCAGCAAUGAGAAUAUUUCGUUGAGUGAUGAACUUAUUACUACCGGACUACCGUCUUUUGUUCUUCCAAAGGACUCAAUUUUUAAGUCCAAGGGGUUUGUUGCAGGUUUUACUGUUGGAGCUUUCUUAGUUAUUUGUGUCUUGGUUUUGUUGGCACUGGUUUUGAUUGAGAGGAAGCGUUUGAGAGAAAGGAAGAGGCAGGAAAUGGAAGAUUGGGAAUUGGAGUUUUGGCCACACAGAAUGGUGUAUGAGGAAAUAGAGGCAGCAACAAAGGGGUUCUCUGAGGAGAAUGUGAUUGGGGUUGGAGGGAAUGGGAAAGUCUACAAGGGUGUUCUAAGAGGAGGGGUGGAGAUUGCUGUGAAGCGCAUUUCUCAUGAAAACGAUGGCCUGCGAGAAUUUCUUGCUGAAGUUUCAAGCCUUGGGAGACUGAAGCAAAGGAAUUUGGUGGGAUUGAGAGGUUGGUGCAAGAAAGAUGUUGGGAGUUUCUUGUUAGUCUACGACUACAUGGAAAAUGGUAGCUUGGACAAGAGGGUGUUUGAUUGUGAUGAGAGGAAGAUGUUGAGUUAUGAGGAUAGGAUAAGGAUUAUCAAAGAUGUGGCUUUUGCAGUUUUGUACUUGCACGAGGGGUGGGAAGCUAAGGUUCUGCAUAGGGACAUCAAGGCAAGCAAUGUUUUGCUUGAUAAGGAUAUGAAUGGAAGGCUAGGGGAUUUUGGGUUAGCCAGAAUGCACAGCCAUGGUCAAGUUGCUAGCACCACAAAAUUGGUUGGAACAGUGGGGUACAUGGCUCCCGAAGUGUUCAAGACUGGAAGAGCUUCCACUCAGACAGAUGUUUACAUGUUUGGCAUCUUGAUUUUUGGAGGUUUUGUGUGGAAUGAGACCUCUAGAGAAGGUAAGUCACCUUUGGUGGAGUGGGUUUGGCAAAACUAAUGGUACAAGGGCAACUGUUUUUUUUACUUGAUGAAAGAUUACGGACUAAGGGAUAGUUCAGUGAGCAAGAAGUGGAGAGGUUAUUAUGCAUUGGGUUUUGCUGUGUGCCUACCUGAACCAAAGGUCAGGCCCACAAUGAGACAAGUGAUGAAUGUUCUGGAGGGGAAGAACGAUGAAGAUGAUUCAGAAAUUGAGAAUAUGGAUAGUUAUUUGCUCCAACAAUUGAAAUCAAGGGAUAUAUUGUCUGAGUAUUCCCAAUACUUUAAUUAUACCUCACACCAACUUUUCACGAUAUUGGUAACCUCUUCCUCAAUGUCUCUCCACUUGGUCCGAAUCUGUGGUUGAGGGUAGGUGACCUCUGCCAUGAAAGACAACACAGGAUGUGUUCAUUAGCUCAUGCUGUGUGAAAAAAUAGGAUUCAUUUUUGACACCAAGAGUUGGUUACUUUUACUACAGAGUCCAAUUUUUAUAGUUUGAUUUUUUAUUGUUACAGAAUGGACCAUUUAGAUUGAUCAGAUAUGGUAUGCUUUAAUCUAUUAUAUAUCAGUAUAAGUUAUACUCUGAGGCAAAUAUUGGCGCAACCAAACUGAUCUGUUUGUAUGAUUCAUGACAAUACUAUAGAAGGAUCUGCGUUAAUCCUCAAAAGCUAU